AUGGGUCCCAGACACACCUCCAGCCGCCGGCUGAUGGCUGGCGGGGAGCGGAGCGUCGGAUCGAUCAUGUCGAUAGACCCCGCCGAUUUGUGGGUCGCCGCGGACGAGGACUUUCAGGAGUGGGUCCUCGAGCGAGCGUACGCCGAUAACCCGGCUCAGUGCCCGCUGUCGGCGGACGAGGACGACCCGACUUGUUCACUCAUCCACUUCGCCCAGGGGAGCCUGGAGGUGGUACACGACGACCUCCGGAGGGUGUUGCCCCCUGCACAACUCAAGGAGGCGAUAGAUAUUCUGCGCGUCGUCGGCAUCGACGACGCCUUCGUGGUCAGGCGCGAACUCGUGAACUACAAGAAGACAUGCCUGAACAUCCAGCGUUGUGCCACGCAGCUGGACCGAGAUUUACGACAACUCGUGACGUUCUUCAAGGGCUCGGACGACGAGCGCAUCGACAUCGACGACGAGCGAAUUUACGUCCACUCGGACCGACACACGGCGCUGUGCGACGCGCUGGGUCAGUGCAAGGGGGCUCUCGGUGUCAUGUCCGACCUACGGCAGUUCGUGAAGACGGUGUGUUGCGUCAGCCGACAUCCCGCAAAGGCGACGCCGGAGUACCUCGCGGGCUUGCCGCGAUCGCUGAAGCACCUCCGGAAAUACGUCAGGUGCGCCGGAGACACCGUCGCGAGCCAACGUGGGCACACGACGGUCGACGAGGUGCACGAGGCCGAUGGCGAUGACGACGGCGCCGACUUCCAUCGCGGGGAGGAAAGCGGCGCCGCUCACCUCGCGCGAGCGAUGGACGGGUUCGCUCACCUCGGCUGGCCCCCGCGGAUCGUCUCGUUCGUGCGCAAGUCUCUCGUGGCGAAAGGCGCCGUCAAGGCGUUGUGGAUGCACUCGGAGCUCAUCCGCGGCUUGCGCCACCUCGAGACGUACCUUCGUUUGCUCCGAGGAUGCGUCACCGAGUUGGAAGCCGCGCCGAACCUCGUCGAUGCUUUGAGUGCUUCGCGGUUGGAAGGCGUCCAUGGAGGAGACGCGUCGUCCAUCCUGCAGCGCGUGUCGCGCGCGUGUCGCGUGCGAAAGGAGCUGAACCAGCUCUACGGCGCGGUGGAGGCCCUGGGAGAUCAAACCACGUGGCUUCGACGCAUCGCGGACGUUCCCGCCGAGCGGCUGUUUGUGGCGGGUGACUCGGACUUACGGGCGUCGACGUCGAUGUUCAUCCCGAGCGGUUUUCGGGUCGGGGACCUGUUCGCGCGGUGUCGGGCGGUGUGCGACGGGGAAUUUCCCCGGAUGAUGGACGUCCUCCGUCACGAGGGGUGGCCGACGCAUCUCCUCGGUAGGCUCGGCGCGGAGAAGCGGACGGAGACAAACUUCAAGGAGACGACGUGUCGGGUCUGCGCGCGAGGGUUCUCGAGCCUGUGGGUCCAUCGAUUCAUAUGCGUCGCGUGCGAAAUCAACGAGCGUUUCGAGCUCGGACGGUGCCCGUAUCGCGAAUCUUGCGCGUCGCCCUUCUGUCCGCACGCGAAUAGGUGUUUCGUGUGCGAUUCGUGGUCGUGCGGCGAGUGCCGGCUCAUCAGAGGCGACGGGGAGGAAUGCCUCGCGCUUGCGCAACAGAUUGAGCCCGAUUUGACCUACCUGGACUGGGACAGGACCGUGUGCACGACGCGUAGCGGCGCGUCGCCCCUCAAAGGAACGCACGCCGUUGACCCAGACUUGCUCUCCAUGAUUUGUUCCAGGCCGAAAGGUUCCGUUCACAUAGUGACGCGCAACUCAUAUCGAGACGACAUCAAGACUUUCAUGGCAAGAGCCGGCCUUCCUGAUGACAUUCCCGUGCACACGGGACGAUUUUGUUCGUCGAUGACUCUGUCGCCGAACACAUGGACGAGAGGUUGA